GUUAUUCAUUACAAAGCCUGAUCCCUCUAUUCAAAUAUAUUUCGAUGCCAGUCAGGCAAUUUCAUAUUAGUAUUUCGAUGGCCGGAGUUCGGUUUAUAAGGGUCGUGCAUCCGUUCAGGCUUCUCGCUCUCUGUUCCCCCUUGGUUUCCUGUUCCCUACAUUCUACCACUCCUUGUCACCCGUCACCGAGCUUUCGCUUGUAUCAUCUUUGGAAACGAGCCUACGACACAUACUAUUCGAGGAACCCGCCUGCGCGCUCUAAUGGUUUAUCAAUCGGGACAACGAAGCUCUGCGUCAGAUUACACAGUCUCGGAGGCCCCUGGUGCAAUGUCUGAGCAGAAGAUCGAGACGGAGAAGUCGCGGUAUCCGGAGAGGGAUGGGGUACCUUGGUUUUCAGAGUCGUUCUUCUCGAAUCAUGCGGUUAUGGGGAAAGCGCGCAGACUCUACUUUAUCAUCCUUGCCAUGACCAGUUUCCUCAUCAUUUUUGUUAUUCUUGCGUUGAUGUCGAUAUAUUGGGGAGCCCUGUGGAAUACCACUAAAUAUGUGCAUAAUGUGAAGGGAUGGAUCAUUGAUUAUGAUGGGGGUGAAAUUGGUCAAUAUUUUACACAAGCAUUGAACUCCACAAAUGGGCCAGUAGAUACCAUGACAUGGAUCGUGCAGUCGGCAUCAGACAUCUCCAACGACACAGAAAAUUUGAUUGACCUGGUAGUCCAGGAGCACGCAUUUGUCAUCGUGUCCAUCAAUGCUGGUGCCACAGACAAGCUGAACGCCGCCGCUUCUUCCGCGGAUUCAUCAUAUAAUGGUUCACUUGCUAUUACCGUAUUCACUGAGGAGGCUCGAAAUGAGAACGCAUACCGCUCAGUCAUUUCGCCAAUAGUAUCGGGUUUAAUGGAUUCAUUCGCGGCCAACUUUGCCACGCAGUAUGGACAGCGACUUGCAUCAUCUAGCAGCAUCAACGCCACCAGGCUACUAGCAAAUUCCCCUGGAGUCAUCACCAAUCCCGCUGGAUACACUAUCUACAAUACUAGACCAUUUGACAUCCCUGUGGCCACAGCAGUCGACUUCGUCGGCCUUAUCUAUCUGCUCAUCGUCUCUUUUGUCAUCUCUUUACAACACUAUGGCGCUCGACAAGCGACGGGGCUUGAAUAUCGUCUCACAACGCGCUCCCUCGUCCUAACUCGUAUUGCGGUCCCUAUCACCAUGUACUUCUAUCUCUCUGCAUUCUUCUCCAUGUUGAGUUUGGCAUUCCAAGUGCCAUUCGACAGAGUAUUCGGUCACUCUGGUUUCGUGAUUUACUGGAUGCUUUCAUGGGUGGGAAUGUGCGCCCUGGGGCUCGCCGUGGAAGCCAUGUUGACCAUCCUCACCAUCCGGUUCAUUCCGUUCUUUUUGAUUCUCUGGAUCAUCUCCAACGUCUCGGUAGCCUUCUUCCCACUUCAACUUCUUCCCGGCGUUUUCAGAUACGGUUACGCUUUCCCCUUCUGGAACGUUUCAAGAGCCGUCCGCGCCAUCGUUUUUGGCACGAGGAAUCAACUGGGACUCAACUUUGGCAUACUCAUCGCAUGGGCGGCUCUUUCAUGCUGCACGAUUGCGGUCUUCCAACACUUUGUUCACCGGAAAACGAUUGGUGAGCACGAGGCGAAGUGGUUGAAAGAGGACAAGGACACCGAAGCAUAGUGCAGAGGAGACUUGGUCUGCCGACUCUCGAGUUGUCAAUGAGAAGAGAUGAUCUUGUGGAGGGCUACAACUAUGUUCACUCAACCUAUGACAACCAGAUUCCUUA